AUGUUUCGGAAUCAGUAUGAUAGCGAUGUUACAGUAUGGAGCCCACAGGGAAGGCUACAUCAAGUAGAUUACGCCGUAGAAGCAAUGAAGCAAGGAAGUGCAACAGUUGGGAUAAAGAGUGAGACUCAUGCAGUUUUAGUCGCCUUAAAGAGAGCCGCAAAUGAACUGUGCUCACAUCAGAAAAAGGUAUACGAAUUAGAUACUCACGCUGGAGUUUCUAUUGCUGGGUUACUAUCAGAUGGACGCAUACUUGCUCGUUUUUUACAAACAGAAUGUGGUUCAUGGAGAUGGGUGUACAGAUGUCCCGUCCCGAUCCACGUCCUUAACAAUCGGAUUCAACUAAAAUUACAAGCUAAUACUCAGCACUAUGGUCGUCGUCCGUUCGGUGUUGGUCUAGUAAUCGCUGGUUAUGACGUAACUCACAUAGUGAAAACAGAUCCCUCCGCUGAGGUAGUUGAAACCUUUGCUACUUCAAUUGGUGCCCGUUCGCAAAGUGCCCGGACUUUUCUUGAAAGACAGUUAGAUAAAUUUCCUGAUGCUAGCGUAGAGCAGUUGGUUGAAUUUGCUUUGUUGGCAUUAAGAGACACUUUACCCGCGGAAGACAACCUGACAAAAAAAAAUACCACCAUCGCUGUAGUUGGUAAAGGAACGCCGUUCACAGUUAUGGACGAUGAAGAAGUACAGCCAUUUUUGAAUCGCAUUGCUGAAAUGCCUAGAGCGGGUGUACAUGCUGAGGCUAGGACCAACGAAUGA